AUGGAAAUCCAUUACCCUGACGACCUCCGGCCGCGCCGCCGGUUCACGUUUGAAGUCGACCAAGAGGCCAAGCGUGGGCCCUCGUGGGUCUAUCCGGGCCUUGGCAACGCGACGGGCCGCCUUCACCCGGCACCCGAAGAGCUCGCUGCGAUCCACCAAGAGAUGCACGCGCCCAAGCACUUUCUUUCCGAGUGGUACUCGACGGGCAUUAGCGGCAACGACGUGCUCUCGAGCUGCCUCUACUCGUCCGGCAUUGUGGCCUCGAAGGCCGGCAAGUUUGCGCCCUUCGCCAACCUCCUCGUCGCCUGUGUCAUGUACCUCUUCCGCUUCAUUUACGUCGAAGUCGUCUCGGCCAUUCCGCUCAACGGCGGCUCGUACAACACGAUGCUCAACUCGACGUCCAAGCGCGUCGCCGCGCUCACGUCGGCGCUCGCCAUCAUUGCGUACCUCGCCACCGGCGUCGUCUCGGCCGUCUCGGCGUCCGACUACCUCCGCAAGCAGAUCGAAGACCUCAACCACAUUCACUGCGCGACCGGCAUUCUCGGGACCUUUGCGAUCCUGAACGUCCUCGGCAUGUCCGAGUCGGCCAAGGUCGCGCUCACGAUUUUCAUUGCGCACACCAUCACGCUCGCAGUCCUUGUCGUCGCAUCGAUUGUCUACGCGUGCCAGCACCCGGGCAUUUUCUGGGCCAAUCUCCAGACGGACUUUCCGUCCGUGGACGUGGCGGGGGCGACCGUGCUCGGCACGCCGUUCACAGCGCUUUUCUUUGGGUUUUCGUCGGCGAUGCUCGGCGUCACGGGCUUCGAAACCGCGGCCAACUUUGUCGAGGAGCAGCAACCGGGCGUCUUUCAGCUCGUGAUCCGCAACAUGUGGUACCUCUCCACGUUCUUCAACCUCGCGCUCUCGGUCCUCAACCUCUGCGUGCUGCCAUUGUACGGCGUCAACGGCACGAUCGCCAACUCGGACAUUGUGCUCGCGUCCAUGGCCCGCACGACGAUUGGCCGCUGGUUUGAGAUUUGGCUCAGCGUCGACGGCUUCAUCGUGCUCUCCGGCUCCGUCUUGACGUCGUACGUCGGCAUCACGGGCCUCGUGCGGCGUCUCGCGUCCGACCGCGUCCUUCCCGAGUUCUUCCUCGCCGAAAACGCUUGGCGUCACACCAACCACUACAUCAUCCUCUCGUACUUUGUGAUCGCGACGAGCCUCGUCUGGAUCCUCGAAGGCAACGUGACCAUGCUCUCGAGCAUCUACUC